UUAGAACUAUCUCAUAUGUUGUAAAAAUAAAAUCUCGCAUUCAUUUUUUAAUGAAUUUAAUUUUAAUUCGGAAUUUUACUAAAGCACAUUUUCCUAAAAGAUUCAAUUAUUUGGAAAAAGUUUCUUAUGAUGGAAUGUCUGAUUAUGCUAAAAAAAUGGAGCAAUUAAGCCGUCAGAUAUUCAAUGAGGUUGUAAGCCCUACUGAGAAAACAAGUAUGCGAGUUGUGGAAAGGCAUUCAUAUAUUCCUUUAUAUAAAAAUCCACAUUACGUUAAAUGGUAUCCAAGAUUAUCAGAAAUAACAAAAUUAAUGGGAAUAUUAAGAGAUCAUGGGCUUUAUAGAGAUGAACAUUUAGAUUUUCGAGAAGAAUAUGCUCGCUUAAGAAUACUGAGAGGCAAAAUGCCUUUUGUUCCUAAAGAUAAAAGGACUGGUGAAAAAAUCAUACGAAAAGUUAAAACACCUGAAUACUAAUUUUUAAUCCUAACAUUUUAUUAAGAUCAUUUCAAAUUUUAUAUUUGUAUAAUGUAUUACAUAAUAGUGGAAUAUUUGUUUUAAUAUUGUAUAAGAUGAUUAAAAAACUAACUGUUAUAUGUGAAGAAAUAAUUUUACAAAUAUGUAAUUAUUACUUUUCCAGAAUCUGAUG